AAAACGAGUAACAUCUAUUCCGGCUAUACCCAAAGAUUUUUUCUAAGAAUAAAGUGUUUAAUGAGGCGAGCGCUGAAGCUUGAAUAAGACUUGUUGAUAACAGUGUAUUUUACAUCAAAAUACAACAAUAUAUUACCUUAGAAUUUGGGCCAGUACCAAAGUGAAUGUCAGACUAUUUUGGCCGGUGACUUGACCCGUUGUAUUCAUAAUUACAAGUCAAGUUACGUUUGAGGUUGUUCCAUUUUGAGGAUCGUUAUUUUCGGAACUUUACGGUAAAUCCAUCAAUCUUCUCUGAGGUAAGCUUUUUAGCACUUGGUUCGGGGAAGAGAAAGAGUCACGCGAAGUAUUCUAAUGGUCCAUUUUAAAGAAAUUGACGCGAAAUGAAACGGAAGUGAGGCAAGAAUUUCUUUCAUUUUGCUGUUUCAUUUUUUCAUUCAUUUUGUUGUUUUAUUUUCGAUAUAUGUCCCUCCAAGUGGCCGUGGUUCGAGGAAGAUGACUGAGGAGGCAUUGCGGUGCUGAUCCCGCGGGAAUAAAGGUUUUCGUGCGGGAGCACCCGAACUCCCGGAAACGUGAACAUGCUAUAUCCGGGACAUCCAUUCCCAAACAAUGGUUCACUGCAGAAAAUGGCCGGCAAGGUGAAGUAACUAUCAUGGUAAAAGCCAGCGAAAGUACGCCUUUCGUUCGCACAUUACGGUCUGGUAACGGGAGGGGAAAAAAUAUUGGGAAUAGAGAGGAGAAAGCUCCAUCAAGCGAUGAAAGUGGGCUGGAGACAAAACCUCUGCCUCCAAAGAAGCGCCGUUUGCGAAACAGCAAGGAGUAUAAUGAUGUAAGCGGAGGCUUAUAUCCGAGACUUCAAGUGAGCGUUCCGGUAACCCGUUCAACUCGCCAAAACCAAAGAAUACUCAAUGGCCCAACCAUCGAAACCAGGAGUUCACAGCGGCGAGGCCGAGAGAAAGCAGCCAGCUAUAGAGCUUCGAGCUCCGCUCAUAAAGGAAGCAAUAAAACCAAAGAGAGAUUUGUGGACGACGCAGACUUGGUUCGGCGCAGCGACAGAAAGCGAAGAAAGGUUUACGAAACCCUAAAUGUUAAGAUGUUAACAGAUCAUCGUUAUUUGACUGGAUUCGAAAAUUCAAAAUCUCCCAAAAAGAAAGGUGAAAGGAAAAGAUAUUUGGUCGAGGAGGAGAGCGAUUCUCAAACGGAAGGCGAUGAGGAUAACAUUGCUGAAACACCAAGUAUGUAUGAUCUUGUCAAGAGAAAGCAUGACCAGACUCCAACACCAGAGAAACGAUCAAAUAGAAAAGGUAGGCGUCAAGAAGACGAGCAGCCAGAUGAUAGUGAUGAGGAUGAGGAGGAUGAUGAGGAGGAAGAUGAUGAUGACGAUGACGAUGAUGACGACGAUGAUGAUGAAGAUGAUGAUGGAGAGGAAGAAGGGGAGGAGGAGAAAGAUUAUAAAGGUUAUCAGCUAAGGAAGAGUCGGCCCAUACCAAACAGAUAUACUGCACCACCUUUGAAGUCCAGUAGUAAAGGAAACAGAGGCUUCCAUAUGGGUGAAGUGAGGCGAAAGGGUAGGGAAAGAAAGAAAAAAGCACAGUAUGCCUCUCCUGUGAGAAAAAUUCGCAGACACAAACGGAAAGCUCACCAUGUGAGUUCUUCAACUUCCUCUUCUGAUAACUCAGAUAAUGAGAAAGAUGAAAGAAAGUUUGAACGCAGAAAGGCUAAGAGCAUGGCUAAAGCCAGAGGUCGCUGUCUCCCAAUGAACUUUACCAUGGAUGAUGCAGCCACUGGAAUUCUCAAGGAGAGAGCCAGGAUUGGUUCAAGUUUAGCUGAUGUGGAUCCUAUGAACAUUGACAACAAGGUAAUGUUUGAUGCAGUUGGCGGCCUAAACAAGCAGAUAAGGGCACUGAAAGAAAUGGUUUUGUUUCCACUGAUGUACCCUGAAGUGUUUGAAAAGUUUAAGAUUUCUCCACCAAGAGGAGUCCUUUUCCAUGGACCACCAGGUACUGGAAAAACACUUGUAGCACGAGCCCUUGCUAAUGAAUGUAGUCAAGGUGACAAGAAAGUUGCAUUUUUUAUGAGGAAAGGUGCAGAUUGUCUGAGUAAAUGGGUUGGUGAAUCUGAACGACAACUCAGGCUUUUGUUUGACCAGGCAUUUAGUAUGAGGCCAGCCAUCAUAUUUUUUGAUGAGAUAGAUGGACUGGCACCUGUACGUUCCAGUCGUCAGGACCAGAUUCACAGUUCCAUUGUAUCAACCUUGUUGGCUCUAAUGGAUGGCUUGGACAGUCGUGGAGAAAUUGUGGUUAUUGGUGCUACCAACAGAAUUGAUGCUAUUGAUCCAGCACUGAGGCGCCCUGGUCGGUUUGACAGGGAAUUUCAAUUUGCUCUUCCCCAUAGGAAUGCAAGGAGAAGCAUCUUAACCAUUCAUACUCGUGAGUGGGAACCUAAACUGCUACCAUCCUUUGUAAGUGAGGUAGCAGACCACUGUGUGGGAUACUGUGGUGCAGACAUCAAAGCCUUGUGUACAGAGGCAGCACUGUUUGCGUUAAGAAGACGUUAUCCACAAAUAUACAGCAGUACAAGGAAACUGUUAGUAGAUGUCAACUCCAUUGAAGUGACUGCUAAGGACUUCCAGAAGGCAAUGAAGGCCAUAAUUCCAGCCUCUCAGCGAUCUGUGGUCUCUCCAGCAAGAGCACUCUCGCCCCUUAUUUGGCCUUUGCUGAAGACGAGUUUGACUCAGGCAGUGGAGAUUCUUGAGAAGAUAUUUCCCCCUGCUCACAUGAAAACAGUGACAGAGAGCAGUCCCAGCAGCCUGAUGGGGAAUCCCAGUGGAAGCCGUCAUGAGCAGCGCAGUAGGUUGGCUGCUGUUUUGAGUGAUGAGGAAGCCAGUUCAGAUGAUGACCUGGGACCUCCAAUUUUCGAGUCCGUUCCUGGAUCAUCAAGAAGUGAACGAUACAUGCGACGUGCACAGCAGUUCUCUGGCAAUCCUGAAUUGGUAGAAGUUCAGCAUUCCUCUUUCUUCAAUUCUGCAAAUGGCCAAGCCAGAGGGCUGUCAACAUAUCGACCCCGAUUUCUGAUAUGUGGUGAGCAAGGCAUGGGCCAAUCCACUCAUAUUGCUCCUGCUUUACUGCAUACCAUGGAACAUAUGACUGUGUACUGUUUGGACUUACCAGCUCUGUAUGGAGUUACCUCCAAAACCCCUGAAGAAGCUUGCUCACAGUUGUUUCGUGAAGCACGUCGCACAUCCCCUUGUGUGUUGUACUCACCUCAUUUUGAUGCAUUGUGGAAAGCUACAGGAGACAGCCUGCAUGCUACAUUACUGUCAUUGCUUCAAGAUCUUCCUCCACUUGCUCCUGUGUUGUUUCUGGCAACUACUGAUAAAAGAUGGCACUACCUUCCAGCUAUUAUGAAGGAACUCUUUUCCGAGGAAACCAGACAGGUAUUCCGAGUGGCUGAUCCUACCUCAGAUGAGAGACGCGCUUUCUUUCAUAGCCUAUUCUUUGAGGAAGCUGUUCAACAACCUAAACCAAAGAAAUCAAAAAAAGAUCAGGUAGUGGAAGUGUUGCCUUUUGCUCCUACACCACCUCCACGGCAACUGUCAGAAGCAGAACUACAGAAGGCUCGGCAGGAUGAAGAGAACACCAUGAGGGAAUUGCGCAUCUUCCUCAGAGAUGUAAAUGCAAAGCUUUUUCAAGAUCGCAGAUUCAAAGAAUUUGCCAAACCAGUGGAUUUACAGGAGGUGCCUGACUACCUUGAGAUCAUUGAUGAGCCAAUGGAUCUAACAACCAUAAUGCACAAAAUUGACUGCCAUGAAUACAGUACAUGUGAGCAAUACUUGGCAGAUGUUGAUUUAAUCACAAGCAAUGCUUUAAAGUACAACCCUGACAGAGAUCCCAUGGACAAGCUGAUCCGGCACAGGGCUUGUGAACUCAGUGAUAUGGCGCACUCUGAAAUUAAGUCACAACUGGAACCGGAGUUUGAGAAGACCUGUGAAGAAAUCAUAGCAGCAAGAAAAAGACGAGGUGAUAAAUCAACUGCUGCUGCUCCUCCAUUCGUGUUUGUUGCUCCAGUGAAACAAGGUAUGACAACUGAUGUCACCUCUACACAGGCUGGAGUUCAACAAAGAGACAAAACAGCAUUGGGGGUAUCAGACAUUACCUUUGUGUCAGAGUCACAAUCACAGAGCAAUAGCUCCAGACAGAGGAAAAAACCUCGCCGAAGGAAAGCACCAAUCUAUUGGGGAAAGAAACCUAGUCGAAGAAAAUCUGAUGUAAAGCGCAAAUUAGAUUCUGAACUUGAUUCUAUUACUGGAGAAAAAGAGUGUCUGGAAAAUGGUGACCAAGCAGAGAGUGAUCCUGAAGAUAUUCCUGGCAAUUCAGUAGGAGAUAGGUCCGUUGAUGAAGAAACUGAAGAAGUACAUGUACUUAAUGCAAACUGUGAGGAAGAAAAUGAUGCCACAGAUCAUCAAGAUGACCAAGAUGAUGUUGAGCUUAUGGAGAAUGGGGACACAUCGAUAAAUGGGGAGGUGGUUUUGUUGGACUCGGAAAAUCUCGGAGGUGAAGUUAAAGAUGAUGACUUGGAUGCUAAGUCAGUUCUUCAAAUUGAGUCAGGCCAUGUUUCACAGUUGUCUGAACAAACUCUGAAAAAUCUUGUUUUGUCUAUCGAAUUAUCAAGCUUGCCGAACAGGAUCACUACAAUUGGUUGCUCUAAGGAGAAGGAAUGUGAUGUUGAACAUAUCGGAGAGCCAUCCUCAAGCCAUCUACCUCCUAAUUAUAGAGAGCUCAACAAUGUAGUGGAUGACAGCUCAAGAGACAACUGUCCAAUGACUGCAGAUAUCAAAGAGAAACUAGAGUCUUUAUUGGAUUUGUUAGUUGAUACAACUAAGGGGGCAUCCAUCGAGAUGCUAGAGAGAUACCACAGUGCUCUUCAGUGUUGUAUUCAUAAACAGAGACACAUUCAUGACAAGAAGCAGCUUCUGAAGGACUUGGAAGUGAUGAUUGAGGGAUUUGGACAAUCUUCUAGAACAGCAAGACCACCAUAAGCUCAUCAAAAUGAAAACUCACUACUUUUUGAUAAAGCUAGCGUAAUAUAAGAUUCUUGUUCAAUCACUGGCCAUUAUUAAUUUAUCGAAGAUUUAAUUAUUUUGCUAUUUUCUGUGAAAAUGUGCCACAGCCAAAGCAAUGUUUCCUAUAUUUUGAGUGUCUACUGUACAGAUGAACAUUUUUGACAAAGCAAUACAUUUUUCAAUUAAUUUGAUUUGUUUUUGAUGUGACCUGGCCAAUAUUGUUGUUAAUACUGUACAUUCCUCAUUGACUUUCGGUUUUUGUACAUUUGAAAGAUCCACUUGUCUCAAUUGACCAAAAUGCAGGCAUGACAACUCAGUAAAUGACCCAAUAAGCAAUUCCAAUUAAUUAAAAAAAACCCUGUAAAUUUGCUUAUUUACAAUUUUUUGGGGGGGGGUUGGGGUAGUGUUUUAUGGGGGGGGUAGGCAGAUGUACAUGAGUGAAAGGAUAACAGUAAUUCAUACUUUUGUAAUGUUGAUCUUUUCAAUUUGGUGGGAAAAUAUUUUUAUAAAAGUAGUACUUCUUUACAAUGUUCAUUGGUUAAUGUGUUAUACAUUGUUUGAUCUCUAUUCACUGCAGCAUUUCCAUUCACAUUUACUGAUAAGAUACUAAUAUAAAUAAGUUAAAUAAGCUUUGCGAAAUAAAGAUACUCAUUUUCCAAAAGAAAA